UGCUGACUGAGGUAUUCCUGUGCACACACUGCUGCAGCUCACAAUUACAGCCUUAUGGGACUCUUCUCUUGUUUGAGUGCAUAAAUUUACCCUCUUUGGAUUCCUCUGCCUGGAAACUGUCUUUGCAUCCGCCUGUAAAAAACCCCCCAAAAAACUCUGGAUUUGUGGGGGUCUGAGCUGAAUCAUGGACCAGAGUGCAGCAGGGGAAGAUAAGAGAAACUGGGUCAUGAGCGGGCUCCCCUGAAUGAUGCCCGCUUGCAUGUGGAGGAAUGGGGUGCACCACCAGCGCCGUUGUUUUUGACGGGUUGCGAACUGUCUUGGAGAGGAAUUGCAGCGGCUACAUCUGCAAGGAAGCUGCCGAGCCUGCCGGGCCAUCUGAGGCUGAAAGGGCGCUGAGUCGGAGAGAGUCGCGUAUCAUACCAACACCUAGAAUACUUAAGGUAAAACCAAAGGUGAUUGAGCCGCUCGAUUAUGAAAAUGUGCUGGUGCAAAGAAAAACACAAAUCCUCAGCGAUGUUCUCCGUGACAUGCUGCAGUUCCCCCUGGAGGACUUUGAGAUUUCAACUUUGAGGCGCCAUGGGAGAACUCUGUAUCCCACAGUGCCUGAAAAUGCUGAGAGGGAGGCCCAGAGCCUGUUUGUCCAAGAGUGCAUUAAGACCUACAAGUCUGACUGGCAUGUGGUCAACUACAAGUACGAGGAUUAUUCUGGGGAUUUUCGACAGCUUCCAAACAAAGUACCCCGGCCUGAAAAACUGGCGGUUCAUGUGUUUGAAGUGGAUGAAGAUGUUGAUAAAGAGGAGGACACUGCCUCCUUAGGAUCCCAGAAAGGGGGCAUUUCCAAACACGGCUGGCUGUAUAAAGGGAACAUGAACAGUGCAAUCAGUGUCACCAUGAGGUCGUUCAAGAGGAGGUAUUUCCACCUUACGCAGCUUGGGGAUGGCUCGUACAAUCUAAACUUCUACAAGGACGAGAAGAUCUCCAAAGAGCCAAAAGGAACCAUUUUCCUGGAUUCCUGCAUGGGUGUGGUUCAGAACAACAAAGUUCGGAGGUUUGCUUUCGAGCUGAAGAUGCAGGAUAAGAGCACGUACCUGCUGGCUGCAGAAAGCGAAGCAGAGAUGGAGGACUGGAUCAACAUGCUCAACAAGAUCCUCCACAGCAGCUUUGAGAUUGCCAUGCAGGAGAAGAGGAAUGGAGACAUUCAUGAUGAUGAUGAUCUUGGAAAGUCAGACAGUUCUUCUGGCAGCCUGGAUAGCUUUCAGAGCACUAGAGAUAUUGAGUCAAGAAUGAGGAGUGAAACCAGACUGAAGCUGUUCACAGUGGAUCCAGACACACAGAAACUGGACUUCUCAGGAAUAGAGCCGGAUGUUAAACAGUUCGAGGAGAAGUUCGGCAAGCGGGUUCUGGUCAACUGCAACGAUCUCUCGUUCAACCUGCAAAGCUGCGUGGCAGAGAACGAGGAGGGGCCGACUACAAACGUGGAACCUUUCUAUGUCACUCUGUCGCUGUUUGACAUCCAGAACGGCAGGAAAAUCUCCUCUGACUUCCAAGUUGACUUAAACCACCAGUCUGUCAGGGGAAUGGUUCCCAGUAACGCCAGUCAGUAUGUGAACGGAGGAGGUGAAGCCCGAUCCGAGGGGCAGCGGUUUAUCCACGGGGUGCCAGAAUCAGCUUUGCUGUAUCCCAAACAGGGAGUGUUUUCAGUGACAUGCCCUCAUCCAGAUAUCUUCCUAGUGGCUCGCAUCGAUAAGGUGCUUCAGGGGGGAAUCAACCACUGUGCCGAGCCAUACAUGAAGAGUUCAGACUCCACCAAGAUGGCACAGAAGGUCCUGAAAAAUGCCAAGCUGGCAUGUAGUCGAUUGGGUCAGUACAGGAUGCCCUUUGCCUGGGCAGCAAGACUCUUGUUCAAAGAUGCAUCUGGGACACUUGACAAAAGUGCCCGCUUCUCAGCUCUGUACAGACAGGACAGCAACAAACUGUCCAAUGACGACAUGCUCAAAUUGCUGGCAGAUUUCAGAAAACCAGAGAAGAUGGCCAAGCUGCCUAUAAUCCUUGGAAACCUUGAUGUUACCAUCGACAGUGUUGCCCCCGACUUAACGAAUUGCGUUACCUCAUCCUACAUUCCUGUGAAGCAGUUUGAUGUCAGUGAGAGGAGCAGAGUGUUUUUCGAAGUGGAGGAGUUUGUGCCGUUCAUCGCCAAAUGCUCUCAGCCUUUCACCAUCUACAAUAAUCACCUCUAUGUCUACCCAAAGCACUUGAAAUAUGACAGCCAGAAGUCAUUUGCAAAGGCUAGAAAUAUAGCUGUCUGCAUUGAGUUCAGGGACUCAGAUGACGAAGAAGCUGUUUCACUUAAGUGCAUCUAUGGGCGACCUGGAGGACCCUUGUUUACCAAAAAUGCCUUUACCUCAGUAUUACAUCACCAGCACAACCCCGAGUUCUAUGAUGAAUUUAAGAUCGAGUUGCCAACACAGCUCCACGAGAAACAUCAUUUGCUGUUUACUUUCUACCAUGUGAGCUGUGACAGCAACAGCAAGGCCAGCACCAAGAAGAAGGAUGUGGUUGAAACUCAAGUGGGAUACGCCUGGCUCCCUUUACUGAAGGACGGCCGGGUGAUAAUGAAUGAACAUCACAUCCCUGUCGCUGCUAACCUUCCUGCUGGAUACCUCAGCUGUCAAGAGGGCGCCAGCAAGCAUUUGAGUCCUGAGGUCAAAUGGGUUGAUGGAGGAAAACACUUGUUUAAAGUGUCCACACACCUAGUGUCCACUGUGUACACUCAGGAUCAACAUUUGCACAACUUUUUUCAUCACUGUCAGAGUGUUGCAUCAGCAGCACAAGGACCUGGAGGAGAACUGGUCAAGUACCUGAAGAGUUUGCAUGCCAUGGAGAGUCACGUGAUGAUCAAGUUCUUGCCAACUAUCCUCAAUCAGCUGUUUAGAGUGCUGACCAGUGCCACACAGGAGGACGUAGCAGUAAAUGUUACAAGGGUCAUGAUUCACGUUGUAGCUCAGUGCCACGAGGAAGGCUUGGAACACUACCUUCGCUCUUAUGUGAAGUUUGUAUUCAGGACUGAGUCGUACACUUCCUCCACGACCCGAACAGUACAUGAGGAGUUAGCGAAAGCCAUGACUGUAAUCCUGAAGCCUUCCACUGACUUCCUGACAAGUAACAAGCUGCUCAAGUAUUCAUGGUAUUUCUUUGAAGCCUUAGUAAAAUCCAUGGCUCAGUACUUGAUUGAAAGCUGCAAAGUGAGGUUGUCAAGGAACCAGCGGUUCUCUGCAUCUUUUCAUCACACUGUGGAAACUUUGGUCAACAUGAUGAUGCCACACAUCACUCAGAAGUACAAAGACAACCUGGAUGCUGCUCGCAAUGCCAACCACAGCCUAGCUGUCUUCAUAAAGCGCUGCUUCAACCUGAUGGACCGAGGCUUUGUGUUUAAGCAGAUCAACAACUACAUCAAUGGCUUCAUGCCCGGAGAUCCAAAGACGCUGUUUGAGUUCAAGUUUGAGUUCUUGCGCGUUGUGUGCAAUCAUGAACACUAUGUUCCCUUAAACCUGCCAAUGCCAUUUGGAAAAGGGAGGAUACUGAGGUUUCAAGAUGAAACAGUGGAGUCUGAUGAUACUCCAGUAGAUCUGCAGAUGGAUUACUCUCUGACAGAGGACUUCUGUAGGAACCACUUCCUGGUCGGGCUUCUGCUCAGGGAGGUCAGUACUGCUCUGCAGGAGUUCAGGGAGAUUCGGCAGAUAGCCAUCCAGGUCCUGAAGUGCCUCAUGAUUAAACACACUUUUGAUGACCGCUAUUCAUCCAAGAGCCAGCAGGCCAGAUUGGCCACCUUGUACUUCCCCUUGUUUGGUCUGCUUCAAGAGAAUGUCAACAGGCUUAAUGUAAAGGAAGUCUCCCCAUUCCCUGUCAACCACUCCAACAAUAAUGGACGAGACGAUUCGCUCCUUUCGAAUGCCUUGAUGACCCCUCCUAGGUCCAGCACAUUUCUGGACACCAGCUUGCACAAAGAUGUUUUUGGAGCUAUCUCGGGCACAACUUCCCCUCAUGCCGUUUCCACCCCCAACGUGAACUCUAUGCGCCACACCGACUCUCGUGGCUCCCUCAUCAGCACAGAAUCAGUCAACAGCCUCCAUGAGAGGAACCAUGACAAAACCAAUUCUCUUGACAAGAACCAACCUGCCUCGACGCUGGGAAGCACCUUGAUGCGAUGUGAUAAAUUGGACCAGGCAGAGAUCAAAAGCCUCCUCAUGUGUUUCUUACAUGUUCUUAAAAGCAUGUCUGAAGAUGCUCUGUUCACAUACUGGAACAAGGCUUCAUCUGCUGAACUGAUGGACUUCUUUAUCUUAAUUGAAGUGUGCCUCCAUCAGUUCAGAUACAUGGGGAAAAGAUACAUUGCAAGGAACCAGGAAGGGGCAGGACCCGUAGCACAUGAGCGGAAGUCUCAGACUCUGCCUGUGUCCCGUAACAGGGCGGGAAUGAUGCAUGCCCGCUUACAGCAGCUCAACAGCCUGGAUAACUCAUACACUUUUAACUACACCUACAGUCACUCCGAUGCAGAUGUAUUGAACCAGUCACUCCUGGAGGCCAACAUCGCCACUGAAGUGUGUCUCACAGUCUUGGACACUCUCAGCAUCUUCAUCAUGGGCUUUAAGACACAGCUCUGCUCUGACCACGGCCACAGCCCACUGAUGAAGAAGGUGUUUGAAGUUCAUCUCUGCUUCCUGCGCAUCAAUCAGUCUGAAACAGCCCUGAAGCAGGUCUUCACAUCACUGCGCACUUUUAUCUACAAGUUCCCGUGCACAUUUUUUGAAGGCCGUGCAGAUAUGUGCGCAGCCUUCUGCUACGAGAUUCUGAAAUGCUGCAACUCCAAGCUGAGCUCCAUUCGUAGUGAUGCGGCCCACCUGCUGUAUUUUCUCAUGAAGAGCAACUUUGACUACACCGGUCGCAAGUCCUUUGUCAGAACCCACCUGCAGGUGGUGAUUGCUGUCAGUCAGUUGAUCGCUGAUGUGAUCGGUAUUGGAAGCACCCGCUUCCAGCAUUCUCUGUCAAUAAUCAACAAUUGUGCCAACAGUGACAGAACUAUCAAGCACACAGCUUUCCCAUCAGAUGUGAAGGACUUGACAAAACGCAUCAGGACCGUUUUGAUGGCCACAGCUCAAAUGAAGGAGCAUGAGAGAGAUCCAGAAAUGCUAGUGGACCUGCAGUACAGCCUUGCCAAGUCGUACGCCAGCACCCCCGAGCUGCGAAAAACCUGGCUGGACAGCAUGGCCCGAAUCCAUGUGAAGAAUGGAGACCUAUCAGAGGCGGCCAUGUGUUAUGUUCAUGUUGCAGCCCUCGUGGCAGAAUACCUCCGGAGAAAAGGUGCUUCAGUUGUUUCUGAUGAAAAUGCUUUUGAUCCAGUUCUUUUAUUUGCCAUUAGAAAGAUUCUACUUGUACUAACAUCUCUCCUCCUGUCUUAUGUAGGAAUGUUCAAGCAGGGCUGUUCAGCUUUCCGAGUUGUAACCCCAAACAUUGAUGAAGAAGCAGCAAUGAUGGAGGAUGUUGGGAUGCAGGAUGUGCAUUUUAAUGAAGAUGUUUUAAUGGAGCUUUUGGAGGAGUGUGCAGACGGCCUGUGGAAAGCAGAGCGCUAUGAGCUCAUCUCAGACAUCUAUAAACUCAUAAUCCCAAUUUAUGAGAAGCGCAGGGACUUUGAGAAACUGGCCCACCUGUAUGACACACUGCAUCGUGCAUACAGCAAAGUGACGGAGGUGAUGCAUACAGGCAAGAGGCUGCUGGGGACGUACUUCAGAGUGGCUUUCUUUGGCCAGCAGUACCAGUUUACUGACUCAGAGGCGGAGGGUUUCUUUGAGGAUGAAGAUGGUAAGGAGUACAUCUACAAAGAGCCCAAGUUCACACCCCUGUCUGAGAUCUCCCAGAGGCUCCUGAAGCUUUACUCUGACAAGUUUGGACAGGAGAACGUGAAGAUGAUUCAAGAUUCUGGACGGAUUAAUCCCAAAGACCUGGACUCCAAGUACGCUUAUAUCCAAGUGACCCACGUGACUCCCUACCUGGAUGAGAAAGAGCUGGCAGACAGAAAGACAGAGUUUGAAAAGAGCCACAACAUCCGGCGAUUUGUAUUCGAAAUGCCUUUCACAAUAUCUGGCAAAAAGCAAGGUGGAGUGGAGGAGCAGUGCAAACGCAGGACGAUACUCACCACAACACACUGUUUUCCCUACGUGAAGAAGCGCAUCGCAGUGAUGUACCAACACCACACCGACCUGAGCCCCAUCGAGGUGGCCAUCGAUGAAAUGAGCAAAAAAGUGGCCGAGAUCAACCAGCUGUGCUCCUCCAGCGACGUGGACAUGAUCCGUCUGCAGCUCAAACUGCAAGGCAGCAUCAGUGUCCAGGUAAAUGCAGGACCACUUGCAUACGCCAGAGCUUUUCUGGAUGACUCUAGCGCCAAGAAGUAUCCAGAUAACAAGGUCAAGCAGCUCAAAGAGGUCUUCAGGCAUUUUGUGGAGGCCUGUGGCCACGGCUUGGGCAUUAAUGAGCGACUGAUCAAAGAGGACCAGCAGGAGUACCACGAUGAGAUGAAAGCAAACUACAGAGACUUGACCAGAGAACUGUCCAUCAUCAUGCACGAGCAGAUCAUUCCUGUAGAUGACGGCAUGAAGAGCGUGCUCCCCGACUCGCUUCACAUCUUCAACGCCAUCAGUGGCACGCCGACCUCUGUCACCAUCCAGGGCAUCCCGCACUCUGCCUCAGUGAUAUAAUCCAGUUCCGGAUGUGAGCCUGUAUGCUCACCAUUGAGGCUGGCUUAGAUCUGUCAGCUUAUUGUUUGGAAGUUGCUGGGACCGUAAAUAACGCUCACUCUCUGUGUUGCACUCUGGUCCACUCAUGCUCAGGGUGGGAGUCCUCAGGGUGGGAGUCUCAUCAGUCCUAGCCUCUCGGCUAGGACUGAUGAGAAAAGCAACACUGCAGCAGAGACUCUCAUCUGGCAAAAAAAACACUUUCUGUUGAAAUGUAUGUUUCACCUGUUUCUACCUAGACUGAACACUGUUUCUAUUUAGACAUUCCUGUUGGGAUUUUUAAAAUAUGCAUGUCACUACAUCACCCCGCCCCGACAGCCUCUAGUUAUUGUUUUUUUUUUCUCUCUUUUUUUUAUCAUGUUUAGGGUUUUUAUGUACAGUAUUUCACUUUUAUAAGCCACUGUAUUGAUGUCUUGAUAAAUAUAUGCUGCAAACAUUGACGCUUCUCUGUCUGGACAUAAAGUUACAUUUUCAGAAAAGGCAUUUUUUUUGCAAAACUCCUCUGAAUUAAUGUUAGAUUAAAUCUGUUUUUAUUAGGAGUUUUUUUUUAUAUGUAUUUAAAGCCAUUGCAAACAAAAAGUAUAUUCCAAGUUGUUUAUUGAUGUACAUACAAAGGACUGUGUGCAAUAUUUGCAAAGCAUCUUGCUGGGUGGAGAUCAAACACUGUAAUGAUUAUGUUCACCUUUUUGCCAAAGCGAUGAGGUGUGGGGGAAAGACACUAUGCCUACUGUGGAAGAAAUAUGAAGCUUAUACUAUUUUAUGUUUUUCUUUUUUAUUGUUUAAGGAAAAUGUCUUAUAUUUGAGCAGCAUUUUUUAAUAUUUAACACAAGUCACUGUUCUGCUGUAAACAGAGAUGUUCCCUAAUGCUUAUCUUUUAAAUAAAAGCACUCAUUUCUUUG